AUGGAACGCAGCGAUGUAGCCGCGCGUCAACUGCUGCGUCAACGCAAGAAGAGAUCCAGGCAAAGCUGUCAUCCGUGUCGAACGAGGAAAGUCAAGUGCGAUAAAUGCGCACCUUGCGACAGAUGCAUCAAAUCCUACCCCGAUCUGUGUACGUACGAUGACGGUCCCGCGACCCAAGUCCAGCAGUCCUCGGUGCCGCUACCUGCUCCACCGGAAGCCACAUCUUUGCACAGUACCAGAGACCUAGUUGCUCAUAUCGCAGACGAGCGGCCCAUUUCGGCUUCGCAGAACCUCGACCAAGAACCCAGCGUGCCUUCGCCACUCGAGAUUGCCGGUCGUGAAUCCGACAAUAACGACAACACCGAGAAUGGCAAGAGUCCGUACCUUGGUUCUAACGCUAUACCCACACUGCUUCGCGAUCACGCCUCUCAGGAAGGCGUUGGACAAAGCGUAGAGCAAGCAUUCAUGCCAAUGAUGGGCAUCGGGAAGACUGCAUCUGCCUAUCCAUUUUCAUCACCUAUUGAGGCAUCCCAAGAUGAAAUCGCUCAACAGCUGUACCAAGCUCUACCAGCGGACCGCCAUGUUAUAUACUUAUUUCAACGUUACAAGGAAGCACACGCCUUUUCGCCUGUCCUGACGAACAUCGAUGCCUUUGAAGUGGAGCUUUGCGGAUUUAUCGAGGCUCCUUCUCGUGGAGGUCCUGAGAGCCAGCACAUUGGUGAUCGUGAGAGGACAUAUUAUCAGAAACCAAUGACCUGGCUUUCUCUGCUGUUCGCAGUGCUAUCAUAUGGCGAGCAAUUCUCAGAAGGCGAGCUCAUGCAGCGGCGAGAAAAGUCUCGGUUGUACGCACGACUCUCCUUUCAAUGCCUUCGCGUUGUGAAUUUUCUCGUCCGUCCGACGGCCAUAUGUGUGCAAACUCUGCUGGUACUUGGCCAAGUCUUGCAGAACGAUAUGAAUGCCGAGCUUGCCUGGAUACUGUUGGGCACGACUGUGAUAAUGGCUCAAAGUCUCGGCCUGCACAGGGUUAAAAACGUAGCUUCGUCAGAGUGGCAACUAUGGUCAGCCCUGGUGAGGCAAGACAGCUUGUUAUCAUCGUGUUACGAUCGACCUCCAGUGACGAUGUUUCCAUGGAACCCAACGACACCAGCGGCGCUUCCAACGUUCGCAGAAAAGAUGAAUCUCUUAUGCAGCGUAAUGCUAGACAGUGCCACCAUUGGGAACUCCAAUGCCACAGAGAAUAUGGACUUUGCUGAUAUUAAUACUUCCAUGCAAAAGAUUGAGGACAUCAGAGGACCGUACCUGGGUGAAGCAGUCAGGUCUGGUGUCUCCCAAAACAUUCGAGAUCGCUGCGAGCAGCACCUACUGAGCCUGCAAAGCUCGUUCAUGGUUGCAUGGCUUUGUCGACCCGCCCUUCGCCGGCCUGCCAUUCAGCCCGAACUCCGCCGAAUCUGUCUCGACAACCUUCUAGAAUGCGUGAAGUCGUUUGUCAAGCUCAACACACUCACUACGUAUGCAGCGAGAUCGUGGGCUCUAGUUCACAAUGGUCUUAGCUCGGCAUUGCUGUUGGGCCUUCUAGGUGAUGAUUACAAAGAAGCAGAUGUGCGGCAAUGGCAGAAUGAGAUCCUUGACGUCUUUUCCGAGGACGGGUCACAAGGGAGCAUCAAUCUGUCCGCGCCACACAUCAGAGCGAUUGCUGAGCUCAAGAAGAUCAAGGAAAGUAAUACACCUGGAACAACACGGAUGCAAGCGCCUCGCGGCGGGACAUAUGUGCAAGAUGUUUCUUCGAUUACUCCCAACUACUCUGGAACGAGCGCUAAUAUUUUGGACCCGAAUACCGGCCCCUCUGAACCUCGACUCGAUGGCGACCAGCCACAGCAAGGAACACAGCAGCCCGAUCUAUCUCCAUUGGAUCUAUUUGACUAUAUUCUAUGGGGUACGUCGGACGGACUCCUAUCAUGA